GUGAUUUUUAUUCAUGUUGCUUUAACUAUCUGGUUUAGUAACCAGCUUAGCUGCAUUGCACUCUUUAUUGUGAAUGAAAGCUGCUAGCUUUAGCGCCGUCACAGCCCCAAUUUGGGUUAUAACAGGACCUUGUGUGCAGACAGGUGCGUCUCAGGGUGAGCCUUCCUGCUGGACUCCUGGGGACUUUGGACCUGAGCAGUUCAGGCUUCAGCCCUGUAGUUGGUAAUUGAGCAGCGAUGGAGCUGUGAGGCCUCGAGGCCUGGAGAGAACAAAAUGACCACGGAGGCGGUAGCUUCCCGUAAGGGCUUCCCAGCUUCGUCUCCACAAAAAGAACUUGCAAAUUCUUAUGAAAAGUAUUUCACUGUUUUUCCGGUCACACCUACAGCAGUAAAUUUUGUCAGCUCUAUCUCCACAAUGUAACGACUCAUUUCCUAUUAGCUUUUCUUAUCAGACUAAUUGUUACUGCAAUAGCCUGUUUCCAAAAAAUGAUGCAAAAUAAAACUGACCAACAUACAGAUUAGUUAGUUUUCAUUGUAGUAUUUGUAAAUGACCACACCAUUUUGUUUUUUAUUUCUGUCCACUCUUCAGGAUUGAAUUAGGCUGGAAUUUACAAAAGCACACUCAGCAUCAUUCUAACUCUGUUUGCUUUGGUAUCGGAUUUGGACUAAAGCUGAGAGCUCGUAUUAGCUCAGCCCAAGAGUUUGCUAUGGAGUCAUUGCAUCAUCUUAUAUUCCACAAUGGGUCUGUACAGUGUGCAGUGACCUGGAGGCAGUAUCUGCUUUAAUAGGCCAGGAUAAGGAAGCAGAAGAUAUUUGCUGGUGUAGGAGAGAGAAAAAAAUUACAUUUUCCUACCUACAUUUGAAGAUUCUUCAUUAAAAUGAGCUUCAGAUUUUUGCUUAGGAAUAGCAGGACUGUUAAAUACCAGCAGAACAACACUUCGGUUUUAAAACAUUUUAAUUAAUUAUGUUGGAUGUGGAUUGUCUGAUAGCGUGCUCUGGCUAGCGUCAGAACGUCCUGACCACCUUGUACAAACUGCUUGAGAAGCCCACAGUUUACUUUGCUGAGUCAAAGUGUAAGUCUGAGUGUGUCAGAACCGAGGCUCACUGCGCAGCCACAGCCUGCCCCUUGCAUGUGGAGUCAGCUUCGACACAGCUACAAGCAGCUGAGUGUGUAGAAGGAAAUUAAUACAAGUACUGCUAUUAUUUCAAAUCUAGUAGGAUGACUGGCUUACAGUGAAAGCCAGAAUGGGAGUUAAUCAAGAAAUGAAAACACAGCAUGCUGCAUAAAUCAAUGCUCAUUUCAUGUAGCUGGAGAAGUGGUGGUGCAAAUAGUUGACAUACAACUGUCGAUUGUAAGACUUCCAAAACCAACUAGGAGAGCAAACUGCCUUUUUUCCUGAGCUUAUAUGUCCUUGGAGAAAUAAAAGCUAGUGACUGUCACAUGAGUUCCUCAAGGAUAAUGGAGCCAAAGGUGCAAGAGACCGAAGGAUAUGGAGAAGACAAUUCAGGAAAGAAAAAAUCGAAGUUCAAAUCUUUCAAAAAGUUUUUUGGUAAAAAGAAAAGGAAAGAAACGUCUUCUGGGAGCAGCAGUCUGAAGCUAUUCCAGUCAACAAGUGAUGUGGCGGCCUCACACAACAUGCACGUUAGUUAUUAUUCAGAAGAUGAACUUGAGAGCCACAAGGGCAUUAUGGGGAGCAGAGCUUUGUCGCAUGAUAGCAUUUUCAUCCCUGAGACUGGGCAAGAGCCUGCAAGGCCAGUAAGAGUGUUUUCUCAAGAAAAUGUUUCUGAUCGGAUUAGAGCAUUGCAGAUGAAACUCCAGCCUACCAUGAAGCUGGGACCUCCGCCUCCGUUUGGAUUUCAUGCAAAGCGGACAGAGGAUGCUGGGACCAGUUCUGAAGAUGAUGGGUUACCCAGGAGCCCUCCAGAAAUGUCUUUGCUCCAUGACGUCCUAAGUUCAGGCACAACAACAAGAUUCUCUGACUCUCACAAGCACCUUAGCUCUUUGAGUUUAGCUGGAACAGGCAGUGAAGAAGAAGAACAGGUUACAUUGGGUCCUCCUUCUAGAUCUCGCUCUACGGACGGUCAGCUGUUCCCUAGGCGUCGAAGUGCUAAAACUGGAGCUCCCCAGACACAUGAUGUUAGCAUUUCACCUGCAGCCGAUUUUGACACUCCACCCGAGCUAUCCUCUUGCCUGGAUAAUUCUGCUGCUAAACACAAGCUUUUAAUAAAACCUCGGAACCAGAGAUCCAGUAAAAUGAGAAGAUUUUCUCAGAGGACCCAGUCUGAAUCUCUGACUGAUUUGAGCUGUACCCCAGAAGAAGAAGAGGAUGAUGAAAAGGAGAUGCAGACAGACUUGCCAGAUGCCGUAUUCAAAACCAGUGAUCAAGAACUGCCAUGCGGCACAGCUGCAGUGCAGGAUGUGGCUUCCUGGCAGAAACCCAGAGUGCCUGAGGACCUUCCCCCUGCUUUGAGACCAGAGAUGACUCAGCCCACUUCUGAGUCUGCUGUUGUACAGGAAGCUCUGCUACCAGAGAAUAAACCGGAGGGCUGCCAACCAACACUGGAAACAACAUGUGAGAAGUCUGAGUCCCCAUUGCUGUUAGAAGGCAGAGGCUCCAUAACUUCUCCGUGUUCUGGUCCAGACAGAGAAGUACAAAACCAAAACGAUUCUCCAGGAACAUCGGUUCUCUUGUCUGGGGAUGUGAGUAGUGAUGUGUCAACCCAUCAAGAAAGUGCGGAGCUUCCUUCUGUGUUUUCAGUGAAUAAAACACCAUCUGAGGAAGAUAUUUCAAUUAGUAAGAAUAAUGAUAUUUGCUUGGAAGAGUCAGAACAAAAUACACAGAGGGAUGCUCAGAUGCCUGUGGAAAUGUCCUGUAAUAAAGAGGCAAAGAUAGAGGCUGAUGUGUUGUCAGAGCCUAGCAGGCAGUUUUUCAUAGGUUCUUCACAGCCCACGGAUUCAUUCCAUGUUUCACAUCCCACUGCUUCAGCCCGUGUGGGAUCAAACGCUUCCUGGUCUCUAGAGAAAACAAAGACUGUACAAGAAGCAGCUGCUUCUGAUAAAGAGAGCAGUCAGCCACUGGUCCACAAGGAAGAAAUUUUGGGGAAGAAAGCUGAAAAAGCAGCUAGUGAACUCAACGCCUUGAGAAAGUUUUCUGUCUCCUCUGCACGGGAGAGGCCAAGGACCAGGAGCCUGCACUUUCCAGAAAGCUCAGAGUCUGACAACCCAUUAAAUACCAGGUUCUUCCUGACCAAUGCAAAGGCCUCCUUGAAAAAUGAGAAGCGGAGUGAAGAUUCGCAGAAGGGAUCAGAUCUGGAGGAGGGAAAAUGUAGCAAUAAAAAACAGACUUUGCUGCCAGAAUCUGGCUCUGAGAACAUGGGCCAGUGUACAGAAACGUUAGCUGCCUGUGUGUCUGCAGCUGUCGAUGCCGUUCCGGUGCAAAGUGAUUCUUCUGUGGUAUCUCAGAAUCAGCCAAGCUGUGAAGAUAAAAGUCCUUUUCAAGUAAAACUUAGAUCCACCUCAAUGUCCUUGAAAUAUAGAGACUACUUGUUACCAGAAUCAAAAGAAAUUAAAAGAUACAGUGCAGAGUUUAAUUUUGAAAAUGAGGGAUUGACUUCAUUUCUAAAAGGUGAUAAAGCAGAGAUCAAAAAACCAGCGGAUACAAAUAUUGACGGUUCUUCAAACGAAAAGAUCAAAUCCAAAGCAAAGUCCUCUGAACAGCUUAGCAGCAAGCCUCCGUUGCCUAAAAAGCCAGUCUUGCAAAACAUAACUGUUCCAAACGCUAAUGCAAACAGGGAAAAGCAGGACAAAGCUGUUCAUGCUCCUGAAUCCAGAAGUGAAGACAGAGACUUGGAGAAAAAACCAAAUUCUUGUAAAGUGCCUGAGAGAAGCAUGUCUUCCCUGGUGACUGCUGGAGACUCCAGAAGGGAUCCCGACAGUCCCACAGAGCCCGCCUGGAUUACCAUCGCAAGGCAGAAGCAGAGGGGCACGCAGCAAGAGCAGGAACUCGACAGAGAGAAACUCGUGACUCCAGAUGCUAAAUCAGAUACAGAGAAACAGAAUAAAGAGAAGGAAAGAACAGAGGAGUCAGUGAAGCAGCCAUGGAGCAAACCUUCAUCCUUGGCACUUAAAACCACUUCUGAAGAACAGAGGAAAGAGUCAAAGUCUGAAGUGAAGGAGCCGCUGAUGAGAACCAAUUCACUGUCACAUUUUGUCCCCGUAGCUCAGUCACCAGCACUGAUGGAUAAAGAGGAGGAAAUAAUUCCCUUUAAGAAAGCCAGUAAUGCUGCUCCUGACCAGCCAUUGUGGAUGGAACUUGCCAAAAAGAAAUCUCAAGCUUGGAGUGAUAUGCCCCAGAUUAUAAAAUAGAAUGACGCAAACAAAUGGCAUCUUUUCUAAUUAAGUCAACUACUAAAUCGAACUUCUACAGACCAGCUAAUCACGAUGAAGAAUCUCUGAUACCGGAGAAGGCUCUUGCUAUACAGCUGUGGAGAAUGUGUGCAAUAGGUGCAGUCAAAAAGUUUACCUUAAGUAAUUGCAGCAAUCAGGAUUGCAAUGGAUUACUUAAAUUAUGCUGAGGACAUACUUACACUUUGGAAAACAAAAUUUCUGCCUUAAGUAUUUCCUGUGUUUUCUGUAUUUUAAGGUGUUUGCAUCAAAAGAGGAUCUUUUUAAAAUUUUGCUGAAUUUGUCGUUGCUGGAAACUUCUGUUUGUCAUUUUUUUCCUCUGUUUACAUUUAUAAAUUGUGCAGUAACAUCCUGAUUCUGUUGUGCUCCACUGGAAUUGCCUGACGCUUUUUCUAUCAAAGCUCUUUGGACCGCAGAGGUUUUCAUGAAUAGCUACUAGUGAGUACUCCAUUAAAAUGUGUUGCUUGAGCUCUGUGUUUGCCUAGCUGAACCGAGAGUGGUACAGCCUCUGGUUUUAGGUUACAUUUCAUGAGAUACAAGUGUGCACAUUUAUGCAUGACCAUGAAUAAAAAUUCCUCAGCUCCUUCUGUGAACAACCUUGGUUGCACAAUAUUUGCUAGAUAGCGAGCAAUAAGGAAACUGAACUAGGAAGCUCAUCAAUGCAUUCAAAGUUACUUUCCCACCUGAAUUUAUCUGGUUGCAACUAUUUUUCCUUUAUGUGAAAUCAUCAUUCUCAAUUAGGAGCAUAGCAUUAGUGGCAAUGGGCAAUUUGAAUGUUUAGUUAAAAGAACUGGAAAGCCUUGAGCUACAGCCCAAACUGAAAUGUUGGAAAAAACUGUGAACUCCGUUGCAGUGUCAGCUUCAAAUGUCACCCCCUACCGACUCAUAAUUAUUCUCAUUAAAAAAUAAUAAUAGCAUCUCUUCACUUUACUACAUUUAUAUAAUAUUCUCACACUGUUCAGCUUGAGUUUCCAGCACCAGUUUGGGACUCCAGCUCAUGAAGUCUUGUACACAAUUCACCUUCAUCUGCUUAACAAGUUUGACGAGAGAAAUACUUGCUGCUGAUUGACCAAAAUCACUCUGAAUAUGUUGUAACACUUCCCCAUGAGCUAUGUAAUUGCAAUUAAAGAAGCUAACAGCAAAACCCAUUCCACAACAUUGGGAACUGAAUGCACCACUGCUAAGGCAAACAUUUCUCUUUGUGUAUGGGUGUACGCAUGAAGUGUUGCCUUAACACUGCACUCCCUAGGUUUAUUUAUGGAUGUGUUUGUGAUUUUGGAUUUGUUGUUGUUGUUGCAUUUGCAUUCUUUUCAGAAAAUUAUGCAGGGAGACCUUAGGAAACCUAUGAUUUCCCAAGAACCACAUCUGCAGUUUUGAAGCUUUGUUUUCUCUGAGGAGGUGGGGAGUAAAACCCAGCCUCGCUUAGCAACAAUUAUUUCAUUUCAUAACAAAUAAACAGGGCAUUGGAACAUGUGAAUAUCCGAGACACUGACAGCAGUUUUUGGACAGAUAUCUUUCAUCACAGAAAACAGGAGGAUGAAAACCAAGUUUUGUGUUAUUUAUCAAAGCCUUUGGAUAAAGUCAGUAAGCCCGCGUGGUUGCUGAAUGCCUAAGGCAGCUUUUUGCACAGAUGCACCCAGCUCACCAGCCAGCCGUCAGUGGUACUGGCUCUGAGUUGGUUCCUGCCGACUGGUCCAGGGCUUUCUCUUUUACACAGGCCACAAAGGGCAGUGCGGGCAUUCCCGCUGAAAUUGGAAGUGGCGAGACAGCUCUCUGUUAACACAGCCUCAACAGAAAUAGUGACUUGCUUACACGACAGCAGCCUUGGGCUAUGCUGUCCAAGGGCUGGUUGUGCAAACGCUUUUUGUGUUGCCCCCACCAUGAAAAUGGGUGCACAGUCCUUAAUCUCAAGGUUUUUUUUUUUGCUUUGUUUUUGUAUCCAGGUCAUCCUCUAGGAUCUACAGUAGAAAUAGGCACAUUUUUUCAGAUACCAUAAGCAGCAUUUUAACUCCCUCUCCCUCUGUAAUAAAUAAUUCAUUAGCAUAAAGUGUUAUUUUAAGAUACAUUGUUACUAUCUGUAGCAAUCUUGAGCAAACGGUUUCUGUAUUAAAGGACUAUAAUAUAUAAAAAAAGGACCCAAUUUGUGCUCUCCAGUUAUUGCCAAGUCCCAACCCACAUCCCAUGCAAUGAAUACCGUGUUUUCAGGAGAUGUAAAGGUACGGUCCAUCUCCUUGCAGUCCUCUUGCUGGUUAAAAUUACGCAACCUGAUGAAUUGUGACUAUUUCUGGAGUGUGAGCUGUGCAGCAGCUGUGUGGGGAAGCCUGGACACCCCUCGGACCGUCUCCUGUUGGAACAGUCUCAGGAAUAACAGAGCAGAAAGGUGGAGGUCUGCUGGCAUGGCCUGUGCGAUCUCAAGGAAAGCAACACCCAGGUGCCCCCCAUCUCAGACAGGUCUCAGACACCUCUUGGGGUGUUCUGGAUCUGAGUGGGAGGCUGCAGACACCAGGGGUGACUUCAGAAAGCAGCUAACAAAUCUGUGGAGUCAAAACCUGUCAAGUGCCACUCAACACGAACAAUGCGGCCUUGGCCUGGGAGGUUGCCGAAGGCGCUGGGAGGCGCUGGCUGGUGGACUUGGUUUCUGCACGGUCUCCUACCGCAGCCAUCGGCACUGGCCUUUGUGAAAGAGCAGACCCUUGGCCCUCCAGAGCUUUGACCUGGCCAACCAGGGGAAAUUUCAUCUUCUCACAGCAUCGCUCUGCGCCCUCGUUUCUUCAUUCUAAGUCAAAGGGACGUGUGAGUAAGUCCUGACACAGCUGCGUGGUCAACAGGUAGGCAGAAAACAGUUUCUGAACCCGUGUAUUUCGCUUUGGACAAAUGCCUCAUCUGUGGCAAUGGAAAGCUGCAAAUACAAAUACAUUUUUCUUCUCUGUAUGAACGGUGAUUUAUAGUUCACACUUCAUACCACCGGAAAAAGCCUUUCAGAUCUGAUCAGCUUUCCUAAGGACGUCAUUGCACGUUUCCAGCUGAGAAGCAAUACGACUGACUCAAGCUGAUCCAUUUUGCUCAGGCAGCUGCAAUAUAUAUUGUUGGUAUAGAACAUCUAACACUGGCAUCAAAUCUAAAAAUUCACCCUUUGUUCAUGACUCAUGCACAUAAACGAGCGCAGUUUGAAUUACAGUCUAAGAACAACAACAAAACGCACUUGAAAAACAGAAUGGUUUCCUCUCCCAGAACUGAUUUGUGAUAAGUCUUUGGUCUUCUGUUUGAGGAGUAAGGUGACAUUUGGCAAUCAGUUGUUGUCCCCAGUGGUGAAGCGCCACGUGCAAUGCAAAUGCAGUUGCAUGCCGUGCAUGUUUCAGUGCAAAACCUGUACAUUCGGUGACUUAGUUUACGAGUGCGAUUAUCAUAAUUAGCUACCUCCUCAUGUUUAAUAAUUUUAAGUAAAAAAAUAUAUGACUAAAUGAUUUUUAAUGUACAGCAAAGCAUAAUAAAUGUUUAAGGCCAAAA